UUGGCUACGGCAUUUUUGGGCUGUACGCUAAUUUUUUUACUGUUCCCGCUUGACUCCUGUUUGAAAUCCCGACGCGCGUCACCCUCAAAGCCCCCGACCGGUUACCCUGGCUGCAAACCCUCCAAAAAACCCCAACACGAAGCAAUGAAGCCACGCAGCCAUCGCCGAAAGCACCAGGGGGCGGAGCCCGAAGCGAUGGAGGACAAGGAGAAUGCCGGCAGCGCAGCGCCGCCUGCUAAGAGGCCGCGCAGGGAGCGCAAGGCCCUGGCCGAGCUCCCGACUGGCUCGGCCACAAAUAGCGCUUCGGCGCCGCCGCCGUCGCCGCAGCGGGCGUCGAAGCCGAGGACGCGCUCGCAGGUUGCCAGGGAGGCAACGGCGGCGGAGGGGGAGGAUGCGCGGAAGAGGAAGGGUUCGGCCGAUGUCACCCGCCCGGUGGUCUCGGGGCAGCCGGACGCCGGGGCGGCUCAGGGGUCGGUCGUGCCGUACAUCGGGGAUAUCGACCGGUACCUGCGGUCCCUGGAGGUUCGACAAUCAAGGAGGCCGAGGGAUGACUAUGUUGGGACAAUUCAGAAAGACAUCAAUGCUAAAAUGAGGGGGAUCCUAGUGAACUGGCUGGUGGAAGUGGCUGAGGAGUUCAGGCUUCAGGCUGACACACUUUACCUUGCUGUUACAUAUGUCGAUCGCUUCCUCACAGCGAUCGCCGUUCCUCGGAAUAAGCUGCAAUUGCUUGGUGUUGCUUCACUGUUUGUUGCUGCGAAGUAUGAAGAAAUUAACCCCCCUAAGGUGAACAAAUUUAGUGACAUUACUGACAGCACAUACACCAAUCAACAGGUGGUGAAGAUGGAAGCUGACAUACUGAAAUAUCUCAACUUCGAGGUGGGGAGUCCCACCAUAAGAACUUUUCUAUGGAGAUUCAUAGCUUGUUGUGGAGGCAACUGUGGAAGUGCAAAACAAUUGGAGUUCAUGUGUAGCUAUCUCGCGGAAUUGAGCUUGCUAGACUACGAUUGCAUAAAGUUCCUGCCAUCAGUUGUUGCUGCUGCCUGUCUGUUUGUAGCCAGGUUCACAAUCAGCCCUAAGACUCGUCCUUGGAACUCGACGCUGCAAAGGAACACAGGCUACAAGGUCUCUGAUCUGAAGAGCUGCAUCUUGAGGAUACAUGAUUUGCAGUUAGGCAGAGAGUAUCAAGACCUGGACGCCAUCAGAAACAAGUAUAGUGGCCGCAAGUUCGGGUGUGUGUCGUCAAUGACCCCACCAGAAGAAAUUUCUGCAUCUUUCCUCAGAGAUUUCAGUAGAUGAAAUGCUAAAGUGCCCUUGCAGCUCCUUUUGCAGGCUAUGCUGAAAAUCCUCUGUUAGUAGGAUAUGGGUUAAUCUAUCCACCGCUGGCACGCCCAAUUUUGUAAAUAAUUAAACUUGCCAUUUCAGUCGCAUUGACAGCGCAGCUAUAGCUGCAUUGGUAUUUUGGUAGGAAUCGUGACCCUUCUUUUGUACAGAUGUUUGCACUACGAUGGUGAUGUAGUCAAUGAUAUCCCAUAUUAUGCAAA